CCAUUUCGGAUCUGAAAGCACACCCCAAGCUAAAGAAAAGACUCGAAAGUCUAUGCUUACACAAAGAGACAAGUAAUAAUGAUUAUGGCAUUCCAGGAUACAUGUGGAUCUGCCAUGGUAGGUUUAGCUUUUUGUUUGGAGAUAAUGCAGUGCACCUAAAAUGAAUGGGUCUUCUUCUUAUUCUGUCAUUGUCCCUUCUUGGCAUUGUCUCGAGGCAUCUUUUCUCCCUCCAUACAUACUUCAACUGCAGUUGGCCAAGCUAUUGCAUUGGGAUUUGUUCCAGUAGAGUCUGUGUAGAGAAUCUUGAGGUGCUCCUCUGCCUCAUCAGCAAGGAAUGCUGAGUUCCAUCUUUCCAUAGCACAAGAGUGAAGCUGAUAGAAGACUUCAGGUGUUGAUCUUUGUUUCACCAAGAAACAUCCUUCCGUGCUUCUGAGAGUUACUCAAGUUCCCAUACAGAGCAGUUUCUUUGGAAGAAACUGGUUGAAAACCUCUCACCUCCUCAAAUAGUUUGUGGAAAUGAUCUACUGAAUCCUUUUAAUAUGCAGGACUGAGUUCAACAUGAAGAAUCAUAGUCUCAGACUGUUUAGAAUACCUACUCUUCUGUUGCUGAACAUGAGACUGAUCUAAUCUUACUUGUUUGUCAUCACCUUUCUUCCGAUAGGCAGAGUAGCUGCAGACUGAAUAAUCUGGUAGAGCUUUUUCGCCUAACAAAAAGAAGCUCAGAUGGGUACAAUCAAGAAGAUUAGCAGACUGAUAAGUAGCCUAGCUUUUUGGAGGCAACCUGAAUUCCUAUCCUUUGCUUGAUUCAAUCAACUUGCAACACUAGUUCUUGCAGGUUUUCAUUCAGUUCUUGGAAGACAGAAUCUGAAGCAGACAAUUGAGCCCAGAAGUUGCAGUGUUUUGAACUCCAUUCUUGAUGAGUGAUGUCCUGAGGCGUGCAGAAAUUUAGUUCUUGGCACUAUCUUAAGCAUCUUUCCUCUUCAUGUAUGUAUGUAUACAUGAACUGCAAUUGGCCAAGACACAAGAUGCCAAAUGAUCAUUAAAUGAUGAGAUGCCCAGCUCAGUAAUAAUUAUGGGACCAUUGUCACUUGUUCAACAUUUGUUUCUUUUUUUCUUGAAGGAAAUGCUUAUUUUGUCAUUGAUCUUGAGUAUUUUUCUGAAACUUUUGCAGAUCAAUCAACCAUUGUUUAGGAUCAUUUCUUCUUCAAAAGAUUAGCCAAGAAUAGCAAGAAUCCAAAACAAAAUUGGCCUUAUCCAACAGAGCAUCCCAAGUAUCACUCCCCAAACAUCAUCUUCAAUCCAUUUCUGAAAACCAAUGGAGAGAUGCAUGAAGCAGUAUGACAAGGACUACAUGGAAAUGAAAACGAUCAUGUUGAAGCAGGAAGGAACUUUCAGACACCAGGUCCGCGAACUCCAUCGUCUGUACCAAAUUCAGAAGCUGUUGAUGCGAAAUACAAAGACUGCUGCCAUGAAAAUGCGACGACAUAUGAAGCCAGAAACUGAGUUAUGGAAUGUAGAGAACGAGACAGCAUCUCACAGAAACUCACACAGGAGGCAACCUCUUUGUUCUCUUGAUCUCGAAGCCCCAGCAGAGUCAAUCAGAAGGCACAAUGGAGAUGAAGAGAGUGAGUUGGAGCUGACACUUGCCACCGGAAGCAGCAGAUCUCAACGGAAGAGAAAAUAUGCUACGUUUACUUCAGAUUCAGGAUCAACCUUUUCUUCAUCCUCAAUUGAAUCUGGGGGUUUAGUCCCAGAUAUAUCCACCAGGUUCAGAAAAGAAGGAAAGAGUGGGCUCAACAUCGAGGAACAGAUGAGACAGGAUGCAGCAAAACAACCUCCUUGGAUCUUCCAAUGUACCAAACAAGACAUGGUGGCUUCUUUCAGGUUGUAAUGAUUCAUAUGAUUCUAGCUUUCUACCACAUUUGACCUCUUA